AUAUUCACCGUUACGCAGACCUACGAGCUGGACUUCUACGCGUUUUUCGGAUGUGUUGGCCUUUUCAACGCCGGUUUCCUAUUCAUCUACGCCGCACUAGACGCCAGUAAGGUGAUGCGCUGGUCGACAAGUGGUUCCGUAUUAAAGACGGGAGAAGGGAGCUUUGCCAAUUUUUCGCUCAUGUUGCAGUCAUGUGAUCCCGAACAAUACGAUUCCUGGAUCUAUUUGGAAGACCUCCAGGAACGUGGAUUGAAGUAG